AAUCUGCUUCACGAUUGGACGGGAGCUGUAGUGACGUGUCGGUUCUCCCCGCGUGACGUCAAUGAAGGACAAAUUGGUUUGCCGCGAGGACGUCGGGCCUCUAUCGGAGCCGCCGGUAACAGGGAAGCGGAGGCGCCAUUUUGUGAAAGAGUCAGAAAACCUCAUUCCCUGGGAUCAUGUACCCGACCACACUGACGCAGCUGGCCCGGGCGAAUCCUUUCAGUGCACCGCUGUUCACUUUGCAACAAGUCGAGGAGCCGAAACAGAGCCCCGUCAAGAAUGGGCAAAGCACCCGGAGGCUGGCCGCCGCCGCAGUGGCUGACUCGGACGUGAGCUGCGAGUUCGGUUCUGCGAAGUACUACGCCUUGUGCGGUUUUGGGGGAAUCCUGAGUUGUGGCAUCACACACACGGCUGUUGUGCCCCUCGACCUCGUCAAGUGCCGCCUGCAGGUGGAUCCCGCGAAGUACAAGAGCAUUUUCAAUGGAUUCAGCGUCACCAUUCGUGAGGACGGCAUACGGGGGCUGGCAAAGGGCUGGGCACCCACCUUCAUCGGCUACUCCAUGCAGGGCCUUUGCAAGUUUGGGUUCUAUGAGGUGUUCAAGAUCAUGUACAGCGACCUCCUGGGAGAGGAAAAUACUUACAUGUGGAGGACCUCACUGUACCUGGCAGCGUCAGCCAGUGCAGAAUUCUUUGCCGAUAUAGCACUGGCCCCCAUGGAGGCAUGCAAAGUGCGUAUCCAGACCCAGCCGGGCUAUGCUAACACCCUGCGGGAAUGCGGCCCCAAGAUGUAUGCCGAGGAGGGCCUCUGGGCGUUCUACAAGGGUGUGGUUCCCCUAUGGAUGAGACAGAUCCCCUACACCAUGAUGAAGUUCGCCUGCUUCGAGCGCACCGUGGAGGCCCUGUACAAAUACGUGGUGCCCAAGCCUCGCAGCGAGUGCUCCAAGUCUGAGCAGCUGGUCGUCACCUUCGUGGCUGGAUACAUCGCUGGGGUCUUCUGUGCUAUCGUGUCCCACCCUGCGGACUCUGUGGUAUCAGUGCUGAACAAGGAGAAGGGCAGCACCGCGUUACAGGUGCUCAAGCGACUUGGACCCAGAGGCGUGUGGAAGGGUCUCUUCGCCCGUAUCAUCAUGAUCGGCACCCUGACGGCCCUGCAGUGGUUCAUCUACGACUCCGUGAAGGUGUACUUCCGCUUGCCCCGCCCCCCUCCCCCAGAGAUGCCCGAGUCCCUGAAGAAGAAGCUGGGCCUCACCGAGUAGAGCAGCUGCCUCGCCCGUGCCCCUUUCCUAACCCCCAGACACCAACACACCGCACAGCUUUCAUUUUUCUAUAUUUAACGUACCUCCCGCAUCUCAUGUCUCAGCUGCUAUCUGCCUGGAUGGCACCUAUGAGGAAUUUGGGGAGAGGGUUCCCCCUGCUGGCGGACAAGGGAAAGGGCCUUUUGGGGAUCAUAGUCUGGUUUUUAUCACCUGUGUUUAGUUAAUGUGGAUAUAAUAAUUAAAAAUCCCUUAAACACAAUCGCUGGUGUCUUCCUUUAAAGAAAAUCACAAUGGUAGUACGUUAGCUCUGUGCACGAGUUGUAAGCAUGUUCGGGCAGUGUUUUUUAUUUUUAUUAAUAUUAAUGUUCCCUCCAGCUCUGGGUGCCGUUAUUGUAGCAUGUGGGUAUGACCUUAAGGGUGCUGCUUUUAAAGACGCUUGUGCACAGUCAUAAAUGAAUUCCAAACAGAAACAUGGUUUCCAGAGGGGUAUUAUGUAUAAGACAGGGGUCCUAUACAACCGGUUAUCAGAGAUGUUGGACCGGGUAGUAUUUGAAUGUCAUAGCCAACAGUUUCACGAGUCUGUACAGUGAGGAACUUUGCUGUGUAUAAUAGGCGAUCUGACAAUGAUAUGUAAAUUAGAAUAAAGCAAUGUGGUUUUCGAUGUCA